GUUUCAUCCUCUGUCCUCAUUUACCAAACAGAACCAGAAGGAAUGGAAGGAGGUGGAAAACCAGGCCUGGAAUCUGCUCUAAUUCCUGAAAAACAUCAAAGGGAUCAUGAGUUAUAUGGAGAAAUUUGCCAACAAGGUUGCUGUUGUAGAGCAGAUGUAAUUGAGGAAGUAAAGAAGCAACUAUGGCUGGCAGGACCACUUAUAGCAGUCAGCAUGUUGCAGUAUUGCUUACAAGUGAUAUCGAUAAUGUUUGUUGGGCAUACCGGGGAACUGCCUCUUGCCAGUGCUUCCAUGGCCUCAUCCUUUGCAUCAGUAACUGGUUUUAGUAUUCUGCUGGGGAUGGGAAGUGCGUUGGAAACACUAUGCGGAAAAGCCUAUGGAGCCAAACAGUACAACAUGCUAGGCAUCUAUACACAGCGUGCGAUGCUAACUCUUCUAGCCUUAAGCAUUCCCCUUGCAAUCAUCUGGUUUUUCACCAGCACAAUUCUCAUUUCUUUCGGCCAAGAUCAUGAAAUAUCAAUACUAGCAGGAGUGUACAAUUGCUGGAUGAUUCCAAGCCUUUUUGCCUAUGGCCUACUUCAGUGUCUUAACAGAUUUUUGCAGACUCAAAAUAAUGUUUUCCCUAUGAUGUUUUGUUCUGGAAUCACAGCACUUCUACACAUUCUCUUUUGUUGGGCAUUUGUAUUUGAAUUUGGACUUGGCAUCAAAGGAGCUGCCUUGGCCAUUUCCAUUUCAAAUUGGUUUAAUGUCUUGUUCCUAGCAAUUUACAUUAAGUUCUCUCCAUCUUGCAAGAAUACAUGGAGAGGGUUUACAAGGGAAGCUUUCCAUGAUUUGGUUAGCUUCAUAAAACUUGCCAUUCCUUCUGCAAUUAUGAUAUGCUUUGAAUAUUGGUCAUUUGAAAUGGUGGUCCUCCUCUCUGGCCUUCUUCCAAAUCCAAAAUUGGAAACAUCUAUUCUAUCAAUAAGCCUUAACACAUGCUGGAUGGUCUACAUGAUCUCUGUUGGUCUUGGUGGUGCUAUAAGUACAAGAGUGUCAAAUGAACUGGGAGCUGGGCAUUCAAAGGGUGCCCUGUUGGCUCUUAGAGUCAUGAUAGCCAUUGCCAUUUCAGAGGGUGCUGUAGUUGGAAUUACUACAAUCUUGGUACGCCAGGUCUGGGGAAUGCUCUAUAGCAAUGAGCAAGAAGUGAUAAGAUACGUAGCAAAAAUUAUGCCCCUUCUCGCACUCUCAGAUUUCUUGGAUGGCUUCCAGUGUGUGCUAUCAGGGGCUGCAAGAGGAUGUGGAUGGCAAAAUGUAUGUGCUUGGAUCAACCUUGCGGCUUAUUAUGUAGUGGGGAUUCCUUCUGCUGUGCUAUUUGCUUUUGUGUUCCAUAUUGGAGGCAUGGGGCUUUGGAUGGGAAUCAUUUGUGGACUGUCUGUGCAAGUUAUAGCACUUGUUACCUUAAAUUCCUGCACUAACUGGGAUAAAGAGGCUGAAAAAGCUAUGCAGAGGGAUCAAGAUGAGUGACGUACAUUGCAUCUGAAGAAAGCAAAACUUCAUAAAAUCAUGAACAAAUGAAGAACUCAAGCAGACAACCAGGAAAAAAGAGUACAAUCAAAUGUCUAGGGUCCAAAGAACCACAGUUGUUAUCGAAAAAAUGGGUUA